AUGGCGCCAACAUGGCGAGAUGCCAACGCGUCACAGCUCUACACGGCCGGCAUCGUCGGUGUCGGCGCAUUUUUCCUGCUUCUCUCCACCGCUAAUGUAGCAUCUGCAUUGCUUCAGUCAAUCGCGCAGCAAAAACGAGCUGAGGGGCAGGCUGCGGACCCUUCUCGAAGCGACUCGAAUCAUGGUCGCACCGCGUCAGCCUCCAGCAACCACGGUGGUGCCGAGCGCACUUCCAAGCAAGGCAAGACGACCGACGAGAGCACCGUUCUCGUAACCUAUCCCAUCACUGUGGAGAUGUGCGACAAUGCCUUCCACCUCGGGCCUUCCUUCUCCGGUCCUUCAUCAUUUGCUUCUACGACAGACGAAGCAGCCGAUCAGCUGCCCAAGAUCCGUGCCGGUGCGCUCUUCAAGCUCAUCGAUGUAGUCGCGGGUGUGUCGGCACGCAAACAUGCAGAAUUGAGCUGUGUCACCGUCAGCGUUGACUCGGUGCUGUUGCUGGCGCCGAUCUACUUGGGCGACCUGGUUCACCUCUCGGCCUCAGUCAAUCGUGCAUGGGGCAGCAGUCUCGAGGUCGGUAUUCGUGUGGUCAAGGAAGAUCCUCGAUCCGGUGCACGCGAGUAUGUCAGCCACGCCUACAUGACGUUUGUAGCCAUAUCCUCCCCUCCCUCUGCCGCAUCCAGCUCCUCGCCUCAGCCACCUGCUCGCGUUCGACUCGCUUCACGGCCGAGCCUUGCUCCCGCUUCAGUGUGGCAGCAGCUCGCUUCCUUCUUCCCGUCCUCGCGCAAGCCAGCAAAGGCGCCCAAGCCACAGCUCUUGCCUCUGCUGCCAAAGACUCCGCUCGAGGCGAGGCGACACAUUCUCGCUGGACGACGAAGAGCCAAGCGCAUUGCCAUGGCAAAGAAGGGAGAGGCAAGAGACGGCGUCUCGACGCAAGUCAAGCAGAAGCUUAAGCAAGAGGUGCAGGAAAUCUCGCGUACGGGUGGCAAGUGGUCAGGUCCAGCGGAGACAGAAUUGAACACUUGGACGCCAGGGAGGCUCAAGAUCGAACAAGCCGACUUGCUUUCGUCAGCUAUCGGCAGCGAUGUCUCCGCCAUCCGAGGUGUCAAGACGUCGCAAGAGUGUCAGCUUGAGGCGCUCGAGCUUGAAUUCGUCGUCCAAGCUUACGUGUCAAGGGACCCUGCGGUCACAGUCAAGCACGACGAGGGCAUGGUUGAGAUCAAUCUGGCCGGGGACAUCCCGCUUCGGCACCCGCUCAAAGUGGUCGAACGGCUGGCGGAACAGCUUGAACAGGAGCAGCAGCAGCAGCAACGACAAGCAGGAGACGCCAGCUCCGACUCACUCUUUGCGACGAUGAUCCCGGAAUCUGGAUCGAUGCCGUUGCCCUCACCGAGCGCACCAAGGACCGCGCGACCUAACUUUGCAGCAGCGGCAAUGAUCAAGAAUGGUUCAAUAUCGCCGCCGAUGUCUCCUCUUGCUCGUCGAAGGUCGCUCUUUUUGCCGCUCAAAGCUGCACAGGAGCGAGAAGGUGAAUCCGACCUCGAUCAGUCCCUUGCCGGCACACCCAUCAAACAGCACAUGUCGCAGAGCCUCACUCGCGCCAAGCUAGCCGCCAAGCUCUCAAAACCGAUCAAGGUGGCCAAGACUAUGGCCCGCACACUACACCUCGUGUUCCCCGAGCACACGAACUCUGUGGGGGUACUAUUCGGAGGUCAGCUCAUGGAUUGGAUGGAGGAAGCUGCUUUGCUGUCGGUACGACACGUCGGACGUGGUCGUCGUUGGGGGACGGUCUCGCUGGAUGGAUUGGAGUUCGAACAGGCAGUAGCGGUCGGGGAGAGCAUGACGUUCACAGCUGUGGUGGUUCGUACCUUUGUGCAGUCGUGCGAAGUGUACGUGCUGGCUGAGGCCGAGUCGAGAAACGGAACCAAGAGGAUCACGAACGAUGCGCUGUUCACGCUCGCUUUUCCACUGGACCAGGAGGAUGUUGCAUCUCAGGUCAAAGGUGGGAGAGCGAGACUGUUGAGGCAGGUCGAGAUGCCGGAAGGGUCUGCGCUGGCUGAAUUUGCGGAUGUCGCGGUCAGAAGGAGAGAGACGAGAUUGGAGUUGAAGCAGAUGCUCGUGAGGAUCUAUUCGAAUCCAAACUGA